UACGCCCUGUGCCCGCUGUAUAUACCCCGGGCUCAAAGUAUCAUCGUCACCAUAGCUUACGACAUGUUAGACGGCAGCAUUGCUGUUCUCAGAGUACAUUUGUCUGGCCAUCAUGUCAUUCCCUUACUCGUACUCCAUCCUCGGACUGGUACCUGGCCUGAUAUUCACCGUCCUCGUGGCUGCGAUGGUCCUCUACACGUCCCUCGUGCUAUGGGAAUUCUGCAUGCGCCACCCCGAAGUCCGCGAUGUCUGUGACAUCGGACAGAUGCUGUUCUGGAACAAGAAAUGGGCCUGGUACGCGACCGCCGUCAUGUUCCUCCUCAACAACACCUUCAUCCAGGGCUUCCACUGCCUCGUCAGCGCAAACUACCUGAACACCAUCUCGCAACAUGGCCUCUGCACAAUCGGUUUCUCCGCCAUUGCCGCCGUCGUCUGCUGGGUAUGCUCUCUCCCACGCACCUUCUCCGUGCUCGCCCGUCUGGCCACCGCAUCCGCAUUCUUCACCUUCAUCUCCGUCUUUCUCGCCAUGGUCUUCGCCGCCAUCGAGGACGCCCCCACCGGUUUCCCCUCCAAGGGUCCCAUCCAAGUCCUCGCCAUCCCCCAGGCCGGCACCACCUUCGUCAUGGGCACAAACGCAUUCAUGAACAUCUCCUACACCUUCAUCGGCCAAAUCACCAUCCCCUCCUUCAUCGCCGAGAUGAAGGAACCCCGCGACUUCCCCAAAGCGCUCUGGGCCGUCACCAUCUGCGAAGUCAUCGUCUUCGGCCUCGUCGGCUCCAUCGUGUACGCCUACACCGGCACAAACUACAACACCGCCCCCGCCUUCGGCUCCCUCGGCAACCUCACCUACCGCAAGGUCAGCUUCAGCUUCAUGAUCCCCACCCUCAUCUUCCUCGGCGUGCUGUACGCCAGCGUCAGCGCCCGCUUCAUCUUCUUCCGCAUCUUCAAGGGCACCAAGCAUCUCAGCCACCACACCCCGCUUGGCUGGGCCGUGUGGGCCGGUAUCCUCGCGCUCACCUGGGUGGCCGCUUUCAUCAUUGCCGAGGUCAUCCCCUUCUUCUCUGAUCUGCUGAGCAUUAUGAGCUCGCUGUUUGACUCGUUCUUCGGGUUUAUCUUCUGGGGCGUCGCGUAUAUUCGUAUGCGGAGGGCGGAUCAUGGGCCGGAUUUUUAUAAGAUUCGUGGAUGGCGCGGGUGGGUGGGUAUUGUUGUUAAUGUGGUCUUGAUUUUUAUCGGGCUGUUCUUUUUGUCUGGUGGGACUUAUGCUUCGGUGCAGAGUAUUAUUGAUGGUUAUCAUGCAGAUAGUUUCGGGGGGCCGUUCUCGUGCGCGUCGAAUGGGUUUCCGGAUGAGUAUGUUCCGGCAUGAUGGGGAUAUGUGGGUGGCUGUUUUUUUGGGGAAUAUCAAAAUUAGGAUAUAGAGAUGUAUACCUGUUCGAUAUGAGUGUUACGACGCACUGUGCAACGCAUGUGGAUAGAUAGAUGAAUGAAUGAAUGAACGGGUUGAGUUGC